ACUCUUGAUUCGAUGGAGCUAUUUUGAAACUUGUGCCUUUAGUUCAGUUUUGGAUUUUGGAGUAAUGUCCAUCCCAGGAAUAGGAGAAAUUACUUCCGACACUUCGUUUCUAACAAAAGUGGUGGAUGAAUACGUAGUUGGAUCGUCAUGGACUCAGGAAUAUUCAAAAAAUGAUGUUAAAAUAUGGUCUAAGUGCUCAGACAAUAACGGGAUCAAGGCUUUUAAAGCCUCUGCACUUUUCAAAGGUGUAUCUGGACCUGCAUUAUUUGAUUGUCUUAUGGAUUCACAAUAUCGAAAGCAAUGGGACAAGGCUAUGAUUGAGGGUUAUGAGUUGUGUCAAGUGAACAGCCAGAGUGAUAUAGGAUAUUAUUCUCUUCGUUCUCCACCUGGUUUACGGAACAGAGACUUCGUUCUACAGAGGACAUGGGCGAAAUUCGAAAAUGAAUAUGUGAUAGCAUCCCAUUCUGUGUUUCACAAAGGCCUCCCUGUAAGAAAACAAUUUAUCCGUGCAUUGUCCCACAUAAAUGCAUAUAUUAUCCGCAUCCUUAGUCCAGAUUCCUGUGAAAUGACAUAUGUUACACAUUGUGAUCCUCGUGGUAAAAUACCAAUCUGGGUUAUCAAUAAGGCAACACAAUUUAUGGCGCCUAAAGCAAUCCAGCUAUUAUAUAAAGCAUGCAGUAAAUAUGAUGCAUGGAAACAAUCAAAUAAUCCAGAUCAGAAACCAUGGUUAUAUUCAAAUCAAAGUAUCCUGCCCAACCUGUGUUGGGAUGAUGUUGAACAGACAGCCAACUUAGGACCAGUUGACGAUGAUGCCAGUGCUACUGGUGGAGGUGAUGCCAGUGGUCAAUUAACACCGCUUGAUGAUGAACGUAGUGUCUUUGAACGAAAUGAUAGUUUCAAUGACUCUGAAGAAUUCCAACCAAUGCCGGUGAUGGUCGUAGAUGACGACAAUCAUCAAAUGCAAUCAUGUGUUGUCCCCCAGUCCCAGACAACAGCAACAACAACAGCUGCAACAGCGCUGACAACUGUAUCAGAUUCCGGUUAAAAUAUUGUAAAAUAGACAAAUAAAUAAAUAAAUAUACAUAUUGUUGUUCAAGAGACAAGAACAGCUGUCCUUGCCCCCCCCCUUGCCCCGGCCUAACGGGGAAUAAAUCAAUGUUAAUAUUUCCUUUUCCCUAGUUUUUCCCCUUGUGUUAAUUUUUUCUUCCCUGGUGUAUGAUUUUCUUCUUCCUGUGGGUUGGACCACUAGCAGAUAAAAUGUGUGCCAUGUAAAGGAUGAUUGUCACUUUGUGAU